AUGACUGUUUUUGUCACAUUCAUUUUGAUCUGUGCUGGACUCUCUGGCAUUCACAGUGUAAAAACAGUUGGUCACAUAAUGAUGGAGGCUGGAGGCACUGUCCACAUUCCAUGUCAAUAUGAGACACAUUACAUAGACAAUGUGAAGUAUCUGUGCAGGGGGGCUACGUGGGCAUCCUGCAAAUAUCAAAUCUGCUCUAAUCACCCUGAUUCUCCAAAGUAUUCUAUUAAUGAUGACAAAACCCAAAGAAUCGUUACCUUUACUGUUAAGAGUCUAGAAGUUAUGGAUUCUGAUACUUACUGGUGCAACAUUGAAAAAACAGGAACAGAUGAUGGGAAGAAUUUUCAACUGUCCAUCACCACAAAAGGUGAAUCAAAGCUGUCAGUGGAUUCUCAGUUGGUUUCAGGAUACUUUGAUGGCCAAGUAACCAUCAAAUGCAAGUACAACGGUCCUGGUGAAAAAACGUGGUGCAAAGUUGAUGGUACUUGUACAUCUGGAGAUACAAAGGUAUCCAUAGACACGCAUGUUGCUGGGGUGUUUGCGGUCACCAUGACUGGACUACAGACACAGGACAUUGGCUGGUAUUGGUGUGGGCUCGGAAACCUGCAGAUGCCAGUGUUUUUAAGUCUAGCCACAAGACCAACCACUACCACAAUUGCAACUACUACAACUAUGUCAACAGUUGAAACAGAAUCAACUCCUGUUUUUUCCACACACCAACCCGGAAACAAGAGUAUCUCUAUUUACAUCACAGCAGCUGUCAUUGCACUGGGUGUGCUGAUACUCAUUAUCAUAGUGUUGUUGUUCACCUGGUGCAAACUGAAAAGAAAAGCAAAGAAGACUGAAGGUGAAUCACCAUCAUCUCCAGAGUGUGUGGAUUACCCUGUAUAUGGUAAUGUCACAAGGCCAACGUCACACCAGAAUACAGGUGCUGCUAAAGACGUGGAAGUAUUGUACAACAGUGUUAGUUUCAAAAAGCAAACUUUAAAACAGGCUGCAGUUAAAGAAGAGGAUGUUACGUACAGUACGUUGGCUAAACAAUCAUGACUGUAACUUACUGGUUCUUACAGCACGGUUACAAACUAUCAGCAUAUUUAUCAAUAGUCUUAAUAAUAAUCUUGUGUUGUACUUUUAAGAGGCUCAUUGAUUCUGAAGAGGAAGUUGAACAUUGCUGUAAGAUUUGUAGACUGUGUAGUGCUUAAGACUUUUUAA